AUGCCUCAACAGCAGCAAAAGCAGAGCAGAAAAGUUCAUACACAAAGUGCUAAGGAUGGUUCAAAUCUGUCAAUCGCAUCUAGAAAGUCCACACGAGCCCUGCUAAAGCAAAAGUUACAAAAUCUAGCUGCCGAACAGUCGCUACUGGAUGAAAAACAAAAGUUGAUCGAAAAAAGGAAUAGCAUUCUAGAGGAUUUAGCUAGAUUGAGUGAUACCGUAUCAGAACCGAAUUCCGAGCUACAUGCUAAUUCUAAAGUACAAGAUUGGCUUAGCAACGCCGGACCUGUAAAUGAAGCCAACCCCAACGAAAACAAUGAUCAUGAAGUCGUUACGGAAGACUCUUCGGAUGAUGAAAGCAGCCUGCAUAGAUCUAAUUAUCCUGACAAGGAAUGGUUAGUUCCCAAUAAAAGUUCUACGCCCGGAAGAAAUGGAAUAAGUCAGCAGUGCGGUACGAUUGCAACCAGCAGCCAAUUUGCCUGCAGCCUGAGCCGUAAUCAGCUAGCCGCUCGACAGGUCGUCGCGAGAGACCUUCCAAUAUUCAACGGCAAUCCCGAGAAUUGGCCGCUUUUCUUCUCAACCUACGAAAGCACAACGAGAAUGUGUGGAUAUACGAGGGAUGAAAAUAUGAUGAGACUUCGUAACUGCCUUAGAGGUGAUGCAUUCUCAACGGUUCAGAGUCUUUUGCUACAUCCGAUGACGGUAGAUAGAGCAAUGAGUGUUCUAAAAAUGCGAUUCGGUCAACCGCAGUACGUUAUCCACUCUCUUAAAGAGAAGGUUCUGGCCAUGCCGUCAGUGAGAGCAGAUUCAAUAAACAGAAUGAUUGAUUUCGCCCUGGCAGUGCAAAACCUCUCAGUGACAAUUGAUGCAUGCGGCGGUAAAGAAUAUUCACGAGACGUAUCAUUACUACCAGAAUUAGUGGGAAAGCUUCCCGCGACAAUGAAGCUAGAUUGGGCUAGAUAUUCUAGAUCACUGCGAAAAAUUAAUUUACGAUGCUUCAGCGACUGGAUUUAUACAAUCGCGAAAGAUGCUUGCACAGUAGCCGAACCACCAACACGCCAAGAAAGUGCAUUGAACCCUAGGAGGCCGAAGGCUUUCGUGAACGCACACGCGGAGUCGGAAAGCAUAAAUGCUGAAGCUUCCCAAACAUCAACAAGCAGUAGGCAUAGUGACUUAAGGGAUGCGGAAACAAAGUCAUUCGUUAAUACAUGCAUCGCUUGUGAAGGGGCAUGUAAAUUUCUUGAAAAAUGCAAACAUUUCCUCGAACUUUCGUACGACGCAAGGUGGAACAUCGUACGAGAAGCUAAGGUGUGCCGAAAAUGCUUGAAACAUCAUAAAGGAGCUUGUGAAUCUAAGCUUUGUGGCGUACAAGGCUGCACAUUCAAACAUCAUCCUUUACUUCAUAAGUACCUGAGCACCGAGGUUGGCUCUAACAUGCAACAUGAUGAGCAGCCGUGCAACACCCAUCAAAUCGAAUCGAGCCCGGUAUUGUUCCGAUACGUGCCUGUGGUGGUAUACGGGUCUGAUACUUCUAUUCACUGUUAUGCAUUUCUCGAUGAUGGAUCUUCACUAACGCCUAUGGAUCAAUCUCUUGCUGAUGAAUUGAAUUUAAUCGGCGAAUCAGCUCCUUUACGACUAAAGUGGACAGGUGGCACGAAACGCUACGAGCAUGAAUCUCAGAAAAUUGGAUUUGAAAUUUCGGGGAAAAAGGGAAACGAUUUGCAAUAA